AACUACAGAGCUGCAGCAAGAUGCGGGGCUCCAGCCUGCUGCUUUUCUGGGUGUGUUGUCGUGUAUACAGCUGGGAAACUACAACCACAUCGGACAAGAAUGAGUGCUUAGACACCACCACGUGCCCGGCGUUUGCCACCUGCACCAACACCGUGGGAAGCUACUACUGCACUUGCAAACAAGGCUUUCUGGCCACCAACGGACAGAGUCACUUCAGCAGCCCGAGAGUACGCUGUGAAGAUGUCGACGAGUGCUCCCAAGGCCCCUCACCCUGCGGGCCUCACUCCAUCUGCACAAACCUGCCAGGGAGGUACCAGUGCAGCUGUCUCCCUGGCUUCUCUUCUCCCACUGGAGAUGGCUGGAGGCCGGGACGGCCAGGACGCUUCUCCUGCACAGACAUCGACGAGUGCCUCUCCGGAGGGAUCUGCCCUGAGCACGCUGACUGCGUCAAUGCCCUGGGAAGCUACAGCUGCAGCUGCCAUUCUGGGUUCUUCCUUUUGGGCUCUACUUGUGAAGACCUGAAUGAGUGCCUCCUUACUGAGGUCUGCCCUGACCAUUUGAACUGUGUCAACUCCCCAGGAAGCUACAGCUGCCAAUGCCCAUCUGGAUUCAUCUCCAGUGGCUCCAUUUGUGAAGAUGUGAACGAAUGUGCUGAUACCAGAGCUUGCCCGGAGCAUGCAACAUGCUACAAUGCUAUUGGAAAUUACUUUUGUAUGUGCAAUGCAGGAUAUGAAUCCAGCAGCGGGCACCCCAAUUUCCAGGGCCAAGAAGCAUCAUGUGAAGACGUGGAUGAAUGUUCCAAGAACUCGACUCUCUGUGGUCCCAACUCUGUUUGCAUCAACACCCCAGGAGAAUACAACUGCUCCUGCCUGUCUGGAUUCUCUUCAGCUGGUUUUCAGAACCCUGGAGCCUCAAAGGCUUUGGGAUGUGCAGAUAUCGAUGAGUGUGUAGAAUCGUGCCCCAUCAAUUCAGCCUGCACCAACACCCUUGGGGGCUUCUUUUGCACCUGCCACCCUGGCUUCACACCUAGCAAUGGACAACUGAAUUUCACAGGCCAAGAGGUGGAAUGCGAAGAUACGGAUGAAUGCUCCCAGGAUCUAUCACUGUGCGGACCACACUCUGUUUGCACCAAUGUUCCGGGCUCCUACAGCUGUGGCUGUUUGCCAGGCUUCCGGCGCAAUCCAGAAGGCUCUAAGGCACAUGGCAACUUCAGCUGCAGAAGGGUUCCAUUCAAAUGUAAGGAAGAUAUGGUUCCCCACAAUGAACAGGUCCAACAGUGCCAAGAAGGGUCAUCAAUGGACCCUAAAUAUGUCUCCUUCUGUGCCCUCAUGAAUGCCACCUUCAGGGUCCUGGAUGAUGCCUGUGAAAACAAAACCGCCGUUGUGUCCCUGAAGAGCAAGGUGGAGAGCUUUGCCUCUGUGCUUGAACAAACAUCCACAUGGACCAAAUUCAGCAAGGAGGAGAAGUCCACCCUGGCCACGGUCCUACUGCAGAGUGUGGAAAGCAGCACGUUAGCUGCUUUACUGAAGUCUUCAGAGAAUGCCAGCCAGACUAUUCAGACAGAGCACUUAGAUAUUGAGAGCAAAGUAAUCAAUGAAGAAUGCAAUGAGGAGAAUGUGUCCUUUCUCUUGAAAGCCAAAGGGGAUGAGGUGACUGUUGAGUGUUCCAUCAUUGAAGAAUCUGAAAGCACAGGGACCGUUGGAGUGGCUUUUGUCUCCUUUGCAAACAUGGAAUCUGUUUUAGAUGAACGCUUCUUCAGAGACCCCCAAGCCGGCUGGGGCACCAUGGAGAGGAAAUUGCGCAUGAAUUCUCGAGUCGUCGGGGGCAUCAUGACUGGGGAAAAGAAAGACAACUUCACAGAGCCCAUUGUCUACACCCUAGAGAACAUUCAGCCCAAGCAGAAGUUGGAGAAGGCCAUCUGUGUUUCUUGGAGCACAGACACUGAGGAUGGGAGGUGGACACCAUCCGGUUGUGUGACCCUGGAAGUUUCGGAGACACAUACCAAGUGCAGCUGUCACCAUGUGGCGAACUUGGCAGUCAUCAUGGCUUCUGGGGAGCUCACGAUGGAGUUCUCCUUGUACGUCAUCAGCCACGUGGGCAUGAUCGUCUCCCUGGCGUGCCUCGUCUUGGCCAUGGCCACCUUCCUACUGUGUCGCGCCAUUCGAAACCACAACACCUACCUCCACCUGCACCUGUGUGUGUGUCUCUUCCUGGCUAAGUUUCUCUUCCUCACCGGUAUAGACAAGACCAACAGCCAGAUGGGCUGUGCCGUCAUCGCUGGGCUCCUGCACUACCUCUUCCUCGCCUGCUUCUUCUGGAUGCUGGUGGAGGCCGUGAUGCUCUUCCUGACGGUCCGGAACCUGAAGGUGGUGAAUUACUUCAGCUCUCGCAACAUCAAGAUGCUGCAUCUCUGUGCCUUUGGCUAUGGGCUCCCAGGGCUGCUGGUGGUCAUCUCUGCCAGUGCGCAGCCUCGGGGCUAUGGGAUGCAUAACCGCUGCUGGCUGAACACGGAGACAGGGUUUAUAUGGAGCUUCCUGGGGCCGGUUUGCACGAUCAUAAUGAUCAACUCCAUCCUCCUGAGUUGGACAUUGUGGAUCCUGAGGCAGAAGCUUUGCAGCGUCAAUGCCGAAGUCUCAACACUCAAAGACAGCAGGUUGCUGACCUUCAAGGCCUUUGCCCAGCUCUUCAUCCUGGGCUGCACCUGGGUGUUGGGCAUCUUUCAGAUCGGCCCCAUGGCAGGCAUCAUGGCAUACCUGUUCACCAUCAUCAACAGCCUGCAAGGGGCCUUCAUCUUCCUCAUCCAUUGCCUGCUCAACCGCCAGGUAUGAGAAGAAUACAGGAGAUGGCUCACCAGGAAAACCACACCCGGUUCCCAGUCCCAGACCUCAGGGGUGCUGCUGUCCUCCACACCCUCCUCUUCCAAGAUGGCAAAGGACUGUGUGUCUUCCACAGACUGUGCUCCGAAGGAAUGCUUGUCAUGCGGCAACACUCCACACGGCCAAGUCUCCUGGGAGACAUCGGUGGGCACUUAGUGACUCAUUGCGUCAGGUGUGGGGAUGGAGCUGGGCAGCCUGGCCGUAAACCCCAGCUCUUUGCCUUCUUAGUUACACAAUCCCCAAAAAGAAAAUAUCAUAACUCACAUGGGUAUAAAAUGAACAUAUGGUAAGGAUUUUACUCUAUGCAUUAAUCAGUGAGGGUACCAGGUGGAUGUUAGAACUGGCUCCUAAGAGAAUGCUAAGAAUUUCUGUGUGUUAGAUAUACAUUAUUUCUAUAUAUACUUUGCUGUAUAUACAUCAUGUGAUUGAACUGAGAUAUAUUUUUUCAAAAAACAAAGAUCUCCCAGGGAUUUAGCUCAGUGGUACUGCCACGCGCCUCACAAGCACAAAGUCCCCAGUUCAGUUCCUCGUACCAAAACCCAUAGAACUAUAAUAUGCAUUAUAUACUAUAUGUUAUAUAUUCUAUAUUACAUACUUUUCAUAUAUGUAUAUAGUGUAUAUGUUAUAUACGAUAUAUAACUACACACUUCCAGCUCUUUUUUUGGUGGUGUGGGAGAUGGAAUUCAUGGGCUCAUGCAUGCUAGGCGACUGCCAUGCCACUGACUACACCCUGAGCCCUAAUAUAUUGUCAAUGGCAAUGAUAUUCCAGGAGUAGACCCUUAUGUUUAGAAACCAACUGUAAGACUAACACCAACAACGAAAGUUGAGAUUAUCCAUUUUCACACCACAUAAACCACCACCUCAUAAAUACUUCUGGGUAUACAUCACUGAGAUUUAGUGGCUUGAUGAUAUGGAGAACUAUUUUUCUUGCAAGUAGAGGUGGGGAGCAAUAGGUGUUGCUCUUAGUGCUUCUGUUUCUCAGCAGUGUGGUAAAAGAUCCAGGGUGUCUGGACUGGGAGGGUGAAUCUUAGUGGUACAGGAAAUGCUUUCGCCUAUGUGAGGCUUGGGAUUCCAUGCUCACCACCAAGAAAAGAAAAGAAUAUUGAAGCUGCUCCUUGCUUUCCAUGUACUCAUCAGAAGGUCAACUUUUCAUGUUAUUUUCAUUAUGGUAAAGUGGCCCCCAGAACUCCAAACAGCAUGACCAUGACCUUGUUCAAGGAAAGAAAAAGUGGGAUGGAGUAGAAGCAGCCAAUUCUCCUUACAUACUUCUCUCUUAACAAGACACAAACUUUCCCAGAGCGCUGCGGAAGUUUUCUUUUCACUUAGUCAGAACUAAAUAAAAUGCCCGCUCCUUCUUACAGUGAAUCUGAAAAAAAACAGUGUUUGUUUUUCAGAUAGAAUAGGAGCUUUUAAUGGUAAAGUGGCUGGGAAUGGCUUCUGAGUUUUCCAACAAGGCCUGCUAAACUGGAGACAAUCACUUAAUAUUUUCAUAUUUAUCUUUCUUGUCUUUGUUAAUAUAUUUACAUCUGUGUAUUCCUGAGACCCAUGCUUCUGGAGAUGUGACCUUUGCAUUUACUGUUGUAGCUUCAGACUCCGAAGAGAUUCUGUUUUCUCUCUUCCAGACUUAAAGUGCUUGCUUGCUUUCAAACAUACUAUUAUGGAGCAAUAUUUGAAAAUUACAAGCACCUUCAGAAGCCAACUCUGAAAUCUUCUCUUCAUGGCUUAUUGUGGAAAAGGAAGACUCUACCAGCUCUAGAACUCUCUGCACAAUUCACAGCACGGGUGGGUAGGGAUGAGAGUUUCAUGCGCUGGAGAGAAACAAAAGUUUCUUCCCUAAAUUGCUGUGUUAUCUUCUGCAGUUUGCAACUCUCUGGAUUUCCGGAGUUCUUGAAAAGAGCAUAUCCCAGCUCAGUGAUGUGACUGAGAACACACAGCCGCCAUUUUGUUUCCUGGCGCCUGGCCCCAAAUAUGUCCUCCAGCUGCUAUCACUGACACAGAAAAGAUCUCAAUAAAUGAUUUGACAUCUGC